AUGAGCGAGGACAAUCAUCAUGCGCCAGCAGACACCACCAUUAUCAGCCCGUGUCUAACGCCAGACUCUCCAGCCCAAUCCCAACAACAAGAAAAUGUCAGCACGAGGACAGCCAGGAUUCCUUCUAGGAAACGUGGGCGACCGCGCAAAGCCCUUGGAGCCUGGCUAGAGAAAAGCAAGAAAGAACGGCGACGGACACAAGUGCGCCUGGCGCAAAGGGCUUAUCGCUCCCGGAAAGAAGCCAGCGUUGAAUUGCUAAACAAACACGUGGCACAGUUGGAGGCUGCAGCGCAGAAAAUGAGCGAGUCGGUGAUUAGAUUAAGUGACAUCUUGCUCCAAUCUCGGGUUCUCACCUCACACCCUGAGCUCGCUAAGCGUCUGCGGGAGACGGUACAUAUAUGUCUAUCUUCAGCGAAGGGCAUCGGCGAUGAGGGUAGUCUGAACAAUGCCACUCAUGAUGAAAGAUCUCGCCUCUCUUCUUUAGCACCAAUCUCGCCAGGUCUUCUAGUUCUCUCUGAGGCCGAAAGUCCGGGGCCGCUCCCAACCAUUCAGCCUUCGCCAUCCCUUCUGAGAUAUCAUCCUAGCAGUCUAUUCUUUUUCAAACCGGGUGAUGUCGCUGUAAUGGAAGUAUCCAACUUCAUAGAACAGCUAAGGAUUGCUUGUCUUUACGAGGGACUACUGAUACUCGACAAUUCCUCUGUCCCUCUAACUACCCUGAAAAGACCGUUUCGGCUACUUCUAUCCCUUUUUACUAGGGCAAGUAUCACAUCUAUCUUCAGAACCGCCUUGCAUGCUCGGCUAAACAAGAAGUCCUACAUGAACUUCAAGGAGGUCCCCUCUUGCCUACCCAGUCACCCUGAGCAACCAUCGACGCAAAGUCACAGAACGGAAAGUCAGUCAGCCCUUGACCAACCACAGCCAACAGGUAAUAGUCCAUUACCCAGCUUCAACCCGCAGACUCUGAGGGAAAUCGGGGGCGAUUGGUUUGACGUCCAGGAAUUGGCGAACUACUUGCAAGAAAGCAAUGCGCGCCUGUUCGUUCGGCCACCGAAAAAUAUGGGAAAUUCUUCCUCCCAAUCGGUGGUCAACGCCCAAGCUUUGAUAGUUGCGCUGGUAAACAAGGCAAUGUGCCUCGGUCACAGUCCUGGUUUUCGGCGUAGUGAUGUAGAACAGGCUAUUAGAAUAUGUACCUGGCGUGGAAAUGUGUGA